GUGUUGCGAUUGUCAUAUUGGGCCUCAUACAUUCAGAGAUCUAGUUAAGUUAAGUCAUUUGUAUAGGGUUACAGGUUAAGAGCAAUGGCCCCAGAUGUUUUCCAUGGCAUCCCUCAGUUAGAAAUAUUCAGCAUUAGUGAACCCUGUGAAGAGGAUUUGUCAGAGAUACUAUGCAGAAUAAUGAAUAUAAAGUCACUUAUAGAGAUAAUUGUAAACGCACCAGUGAUAAAAUCGUUAAACCAAUCAAACUGCUCCAACAACAACCAAAGCGUGACAUCUGUUUUUAACAAUCUAACAAGAGCUGACUUAUCAUUUGGUGAAAUAACACAUAUAGAGGAAGGUGCAAUGGCUUGGCUCCAGAACCUGACAAUUUUAAAUGCGGCUUUCAGCCAGGAAGUCCUACUGCGCCUUCCCCUUUCUGGGAUUAAGCAAAUCCAGUUCUUCAGUUGCUCUGGUAGCAAUGACAUUGAUAUUGAAAGUAUCUGUAAUGUCGUGUUUUUGCUUUCAAUCCAGCAAAUAUAUUUAUACAAUGCCAAUACAAGCAGCCUCUCUAUGUCCAGUGUUGAAUUGUGCAUUGGGCUAGAAUAUAUGUAUUUAUUUGAACCUGUAGCCAUCUAUCCUACUCCCCAUUUGAAAUGGAAUUUCAUUUCCAGUCUCAAAAACCUUAAUCAAUUAACAAUAGAUGGCCUGACAGAUAACAUACUUGAUAUUUGCUCCUGCCAAAAACAACCAAUCACAUGGUUAACAAAACUCACUUUAGAGUUGAACAAUCCACAAAUACUUUUUGAAAAACAAUUUAGCUGUCUUGUUAAACUGCAGUACCUGGAUUUAACACAUAAUUUUAUUUCAAAAAUUGAAGACUUUGCUUUCCUGGGAUUGACAAAUCUGGAGUCCUUAAACAUUACAAGAAACAACAUAACACAGAUCCAUGCAAACAAAUUUUUUGGUUUAAGUAGUUUGACACGUUUAGACCUCAGGAACAAUCCACUUAUUCACAACAUUGAGGCAAUGUCUUUCACACACCUCACGUCUCUAAAACAAGUGUUUCUCGGGCAAGUGCACAAUCCACUAACAGAACCUGUGAUCAAGCUGAAUCUGACACUUAUAUUUGGUGGCAUUCUGAGUCAGCUGACGCAUCUGUACAUUAGUUCAGCUAUGAGGCCAAUGCAGUUGACUAUCGGCAGUAACAUCACAUCUAAACAGAACCUGAGUCUCCAGCUCAAAGGCCAGACGGUUUCAUUUGAAGACUGUGACAGACCUUUCUUUCAGUCCGUAACCCAUCUUAAUACUGAUGCUGAAGAAUUCCUUUGUGGAUCUGAAUUCAUGGGAAAGUACUUCACGUCUGUGGAGACAUUUGACUACAGAUCUAAGCUUUCAGCUAAAAGUGUUGAUUUAACAUCAAUUAAUCAGCUGAUUCACCUGAGGAAACUGGCUCUAAGACGGGUGGAUCUUUUAAUACAGCGUUCUGCCAACAUCAUUUUUCACAACCUGACCAAACUGGAGGUUCUGGAACUUUAUAACUGCAGGAUUUAUUCUUUGGAGGGGAGUUUAACUAAAGACUUAAAAUCUUUGAAAACAUUGUAUUUGCAUAUCGAGAACAUUUAUAAUGUAUUCUACAGCUUUACUGAACCUCUCUCUAGCCUUAAGUAUUUGAUACGUUUGAAGUUUCAGAUGUUUUGCAGUUGUGACAAUGCUUGGCUCAUUACAUGGGCCAAGGGGUACAGGCAAGUUGAGGUGAUCAUGCUUUCUCCGUAUUCACAUCCAGUUAUGUAUGCUCUGGAGGAUUUGAUAUGCUUGUCGGACAAUGGACUAGACACACCUAAUUUUGUAAAGUACACAGAAGACAACUGCUCAACAGAGGUGGACUUUGUGCUCUUUGCUGCGACUGGUCUGGGAGUCCUGUUCUUCAUGCUGGUGGUGUUGGUUCACAACCUGGCCGGCCCCUACCUCCUCCCCCUCUACCACAUCACCCUUGGCUGGCUGUCGGAGGCCAUGCGAUCCAACACCAGGGGGCGCUACCACUACGAUGCGUUUGUCUCCUACAGCGGGAAGGACGAACACUGGGUGGUGGAGGACCUGCUUCCCAAUUUGGAGCAGAGGGGUCCUCCUUUCCUGCGCCUCUGUCUGCACAGCAGGGACUUCCAGCUGGGGAAGGACAUUGUGGAGAACAUCACAGACAGCCUCUACCAGAGCCGCCACACCCUCUGCCUAGUCAGCCGCCACUACUUGCGCAGUAACUGGUGCUCCCUGGAGAUGAAGCUGGCCACCUCCAGGCUGCAGGUGGAGCAAAGGGACGUCAUCCUCCUGGUCUUCCUGGAGAAGAUCCCCCCUCGCCAGCUGUCUGCCCACCACAGGCUGGCUCGCCUGGUGAAGACCAGGACCUAUCUGGACUGGCCCCAAGACCCCAAUCAGCACCAGGCAUUCUGGGACAGACUGUGGGCUAAACUGAAACCUCAGACUGAAGCGUGAGAUCAGAGGUUGAUGUAGAAUC